CAAAGUGUAGAGUCCGCGAGAGCCCGUAGGAAGCGAAAAGAGAGAAACCGGAGAAAGGAGAGAAUGGGGCGGCUGAAUUCACCACAGCAGGAGGAAUAAUAACGCAACGAAAAAGAUACAAUACAUAGAAGACGGAGAAACACGAAGGGGGAAAAAAAACUUUUUUUUUACGGAGGGGAGAAAACUGUUCCGGACUCAUCCGACGGCCACGUUUUAAAACAUGGAUACACUUUUCUCUGCACUCCCGGGACUCCUGUUUCUCCUCUCGACUGUUGGGAAAGUCUCCGGUCAGAUACCGACAGCUCACAUGGGGCGCGCUGAGAAGGGGAGCUGCACGUUCGAUGAGGGCUUCUCUCAGUGUGACUACCAGCAAGAUCCCUAUGAUGACUUUGACUGGACGCACAUCAACACCCAGGAAGUGCCAUACGUCUCUCCAGAGCUGCCACAAGGUUCCUUCAUGUAUGUGGACGUCUCUCAGUACGAUGUCGGGGAGAAGGCCAGGUUUCAGCUACCUGUCAUGAAGGAGAACGACACUCACUGUAUCGACUUCAACUAUCUGCUCACCAGCCCGGAUGGCUCCAGCCCCGGCACCCUUAACGUCUUGGUGAAGGUAAACAAGGGUCCCUUAGCCAACCCUAUCUGGAAUGUGACGUCCUACACAGGCAAAGACUGGCUGAGAGCAGAACUUGCCGUCUCCACCUUUUGGCCUAAUGAAUAUCAGGUCAUAUUUGAAGCAGAGGUUUCGGACAGCAAAGCCGGCUUCAUCGCCAUCGACGACAUUCAGGUGCUCAGCUACCCAUGCGAUAAAUCCCCUCAUUUCCUGCGCCUUGGAGACGUGGAGGUCAACGCCGGACAAAACGCAACAUUUCAGUGCAUCGCUACAGGACGAGACACGACGAACAAUAAACUCUGGCUGCAGAGGAGAAAUGGAGAAGACAUCCCUGUGGCUCUGACCAAAAACAUCAAUCACAGACGGUUUGCCGCUUCCUUCCACCUCAAAGAAGUGACCAAUCAGGAUCAAGAUCUGUACCGCUGUGUCACCCAAUCAGAGCGAGGCUCUGGGGUGUCCAAUUUUGCUGGUCUUAUCGUAAGAGAGCCUCCUCACCCCAUCGCCCCGCCCCAGCUGCUCGGCGUCGGCCCCACAUACCUGCUGAUUCAGUUGAAUGCUAACUCCAUAUUUGGAGAUGGACCUAUAAUACUGAAGGAGGUUGAGUACCGAAUGACAUCAGGCAGCUGGACGGAGACUCACGCUGUAAACUCUCCAAACUAUAAGUUAUGGCAUCUUGACCCGGACACAGAGUACGAGAUCAGAGUGCUGCUGACCAGACCAGGAGAGGGAGGAACGGGGAAACCUGGACCGCCACUCAUAACAAGGACCAAAUGUGCAGAACCUAUGCGGACUCCUAAGAGGCUGAAGAUCGCAGAGACCAGGUCUCGUCUGAUAGCCGUGGACUGGGAAUCUCUGGGUUACAACAUCACUCGCUGUCACACCUUUAACGUCACCAUCUGCUACCAUUACAUGACUGCCAGCAACCGCAGCAAAGCAGACUGCUUGGACAUGGACCCUAAAGCUCCUCGUCACCUGGUGGGAAACCUGCCGCCGUACACCAACGUCAGUCUGAAGAUGAUUCUGACCAACCCAGAGGGACGGAAAGAAAGUGACGAGACCGUCAUACAAACUGAUGAAGAUGUUCCAGGCCAUGUUCCCAGUCAGUCACUACGAGCCACUCCGUUUGAAGACAGAAUCCUUCUUUACUGGAAGGAACCAACUGAACCAAACGGGAUCAUCAUCCAGUAUGAGAUCAGCUACAGUGGUCUGCGUUCAUAUGACCCUUCGGUGCCUCUCCAGCGGCCGGGCCUUACCGCGUCUCUGCCCUCGAAUGCCACCCAUCAUCUGUUUUCCAUGCUCUACCCGGGCGUCACCUACCAGCUCUCUAUACGUGCAUCCACCUCUAAAGGGUUUGGACCGGCAACAACGCUCAACGUGACCACUAAUAUUUCAGCCCCGACAAUAGAUGAGUAUGAUGGGUCAGAGGCCUUCCUGAAUGAAACUGCAACAACCAUCACUGUCCUCCUAAAACCUGCCCAGGCCAAGGGAGCUCCUAUAAGGUACUGUCUGCAUAAAAUGAAUAGAAAUAAUAUUGAACGUUAUCAUUUAAAUCACCUUUCUCAGGUCCCAGUCUCCUACCACAGUGCAUCUAUUGGUGGAUCUCCAUAUUAUUAUGCCGCCCAGCUGUCCCCCAGCAGCCUGCUUGAGCCGUCCCCCUUCACUGUGGGAGACAACAAGACAUAUGAGGUUUUCUGGAAUCCUCCGCUGGCACCAAGAAAGAAUUACAACAUCUACCUACAAGCUGUUAGCAGCACAGAGAGGGAAACUAAGACUCAGUGUCUGAGGCUGGCUACUAAAGGUGCGACAGAGGAGCCAGAGGUCAUCCCUGACCCCGCCAAACAGACUGAUCGCGUGGUGAAAAUAGCCGGGAUCAGCGCUGGAGUCCUCGUCUUUAUACUGCUGGUGCUGGUAGCCAUCCUAUUGGUCAAGAAGAGGAGGACCUACUAUUCAUACUCUUAUUACCUGAAACUGGCUAAAAAACGUAAAGACGCCAUCGGAACGACACGACAGGAAAUGACUCACAUGGUGAACGCCAUGGAUCGCAGCUAUGCUGACCAGAGCGCUCUGCAUGGAGAGGACCCCAUGGCUGUGACAUUCAUGGACUCUCACAACUACAACAACAGAUUACCCAACGAUCCUCUGGUUCCUACUGCUGUGUUAGUUCCAAUUACAGAUGAGAACCACAGUGCCUCUGCAGCAGAGAACAGCCGGCUCCUGGACGUUCCUCGCUAUCACUGUGAAGGAACUGAAUCUCCGUAUCAGACAGGACAGCUGCACCCGGCCAUCAGAGUGGCUGACCUUCUGCAGCACAUCAACCUCAUGAAAACAUCUGACAGCUAUGGCUUUAAGGAGGAGUACGAAUUGGUGAUACAGAGCUUCUUCGAGGGCCAGUCGGCCUCCUGGGACGUUGCCAAGAAAGAUCAGAACCGCACCAAGAACCGCUAUGGGAACAUUAUAGCAUAUGACCAUUCAAGGGUUAUUCUUCAGCCCAUAGAAGAUGACCCCUCCUCCGACUACAUCAACGCCAACUACAUCGAUGUAAGUGGAAACGCAUCGAAUGCUACUAUUGGCUCCCAACGAAACCAACGAAACCACACUCCCUCGCUCAUUUGGCUGUACAGGGAUGGCUACCAGAGACCGAGCCACUACAUUGCUACUCAGGGCCCUGUUCAUGAGACGGUGUAUGACUUCUGGCGGAUGGUGUGGCAGGAACAGUCGGCCUGCAUUGUCAUGGUUACCAAUCUGGUGGAGGUUGGAAGGGUUAAAUGCUAUAAGUAUUGGCCUGAUGAUGCAGAGGUGUACGGCGACUUCAAGGUGACCUUUGUGGAGGUUGAACCUCUUGCUGAAUACGUGGUUCGCACGUUUACCCUGGAGAGGCGUGGUUUCAACGAGGUGCGUGAGGUCAAGCAGUUCCACUUCACAGGCUGGCCGGAUCACGGCGUUCCAUAUCACGCCACGGGACUACUUUCUUUCAUCCGCAGAGUUAAAAUCUCCAAUCCACCCUCUGCUGGGCCAAUAGUGGUUCACUGCAGUGCUGGAGCGGGGCGUACGGGCUGUUUCAUCGUCAUCGACAUCAUGUUGGACAUGGCAGAGAGAGAAGGAGUAGUGGACAUCUACAACUGUGUGAAGGCACUUCGCUCCAGGAGGAUCAACAUGGUACAGACUGAGGAGCAGUAUAUAUUCAUCCACGAUGCCAUACUGGAGGCUUGUCUAUGCGGAGAAACAGCCAUACCAGUCUGUGAGUUCAAAGCUGCUUUUUACGAGCUGAUCCGCAUCGACUCGCAGACCAACUCGUCUCAUCUGAAGGACGAGUUCCAGACGUUAAACUCGGUGACUCCUCAGCCUCAGCCUGAAGACUGCAGCAUUGCAUUGUUGCCUAGAAACCAAGAUAAGAAUCGCUUUGUGGACGGCCUUCCUCCUGAUAGGUGCCUACCCUUCCUCAUCACAAUAGACGGAGAGAGCAGCAACUACAUCAACGCUGCUCUGAUGGAUAGCUACAGACAGCCUGCUGCGUUCAUCGUUACCCAGCAUCCUUUGCCUAACACGGUCAAAGACUUCUGGCGUCUGGUUUACGACUAUGGAUGUACCAGUCUAGUGAUGCUCAAUGAAAUUGACCUGGCUCAGGGUUGUCCUCAGUACUGGCCAGAAGAAGGGAUGCUGCGUUACGGUCCGGUCCAGGUGGAAUGUAUGUCCUGCUCCAUGGACUGUGAUGUGAUCAGUCGACUCUUCAGAGUCUGCAACCUCACCAGGCCUCAGGAAGGCUACCUGAUGGUUCGUCAGUUCCAGUACCUUGGGUGGGCGGGACACAGAGAAGUCCCCGCCUCCAAACGCUCCUUCCUCAAACUGAUCCUGCAGGUGGAUCAGUGGCAGCGUGAGGGAGAGGAGGGCGAGGGGAGAACCAUCGUUCACUGCCUAAACGGAGGUGGGCGUAGUGGAGUUUUCUGUGCCAGCAGCAUUGUGUGCGAGAUGGCAAAGAGACAGAGUGUGGUUGACGUCUUCCACGCUGUGAAGACAUUGAGGAACAGCAAGCCCAACAUGGUGGACACUCCGGAGCAGUAUCGGUUCUGCUACGAUCUGUCACUGGAGUUCAUCGAGUCCUCCUAAACAAAGGAGCGAAGAGGAGGUGAAGAGGAGGGAGAACAUCUUUUCACUCUCCGUUUGUUUGAUCCUUGGCUUUGCUUGGUCCCGACUCCCCUCUGUGGUGGCCGUUCUGUGGCCCCCAUGUUGCGUCCCUACGAAUGGCCCGAGCGGCUCCUUGUACAGCGCUGUUUAAUAUCCAAACAAAGGGAAACGUUCAGACUUCUAGCAGAGGGAGCUGCUGGAAGAACACCAGAGGGGAGGUGGUGUUACUCCUUUUACUCCUUAACGCUUCUUGUACAGCUUUUUGAGUGCCAGCGGGGCCCUCUGUAUGUUUCAGGCCCCCCCCCCAUUUAAAUGUUAAGCCCCCCUUCCACGGACUCGAUGCCUCAUGCUGCAGUACUCUAUGUGCCCUGUAGAUGUCUCCCUCCCCCAGUGCAAGCUGCAAACACAGCUGAAAGCUUUGAGUGGCCACACAUUCCUGCUCACAUGCUAAUUUAUCAUCAUGCUAAUGUUACAAAAUCUGAUUAUCAGUCUGUACUCGUGUCUGAGAAAGUUAAAGGUACAGCCUGUCAGACUCUGUCCAUUCUGUUUUCCUCUUGUUACACCAGCCGCUUCUCUAUGUUACUUUUCAGCUCAUUUCAGUCAGAACAAAAUCAUGUAUUUCAGUAAUUAUUAACACCAACUUUGAACCAAUGGAAUUACGUUCAGAAAAAUGUCAGUUAAAAGAAUCAAAAGAGAGAAAAUCAACUCAAAGUAGUGUUAAAGCAUCAAGGCUGCCAAUGAAACAACAACAGAACGUUUACACAGCGAGUAUUAGUCUUUUUUUUAAUCCUAUCAUGAAGUGGUGAAAAAAAAAAGUGUAGGAUUUUCACCUAAAUGUAUAAAAAGUGUGAUAUGUAUCAUUGUUUCAUGUUUUCUGCACUCAAAGUGAGCUGCAAUGUUUCUUUUUUUUUCUGAUUGUUUUUUUGUGUUGCUUCAGUUUUUGAUCUACUGGAUAGAAGUUUUGAAGUCUUCUUUGUAGCUCAAACGUGAACUCUAAUGUUCAGCCAUGUGAAAUGUAGUGUAAUCAUGUUUGUGUUCAGGGCUGGGCCCAAUGCACUUUCAGUUCAGCCAAUUCACGAAUGGGGAGAUUUCAGUUCAAAACUCAAAUAUGAACAGAUGUCUGGGGGGGGUUGGAGGGGAAUUGAUGCCUUUAAGAAAAGACUGAGAAUUAAAAAAUGCUCUUUGAAUUACAGUUUUCAUUUCUGCUUUGAAUAGAGUUGGAAGUGAACUGACCCCAGGCCUCAUUGUUUUUGUGCACUCGUGGCCAACACUUUCCCCUUUGUUUUCUUCUCUUUCUAUUAUUUCGUAGCCGAUGUUUAUUCAUAAGCCAAAGACUUUGUGUAAAUAUGUCUAUACGGAUAAAGCACAUUGUUUGUAUUUAUUGUUUGUUUACUUGCAUUGCUUGUAAGAACAAUCAUUCUUCACUCUAUGUUUACUCUACCACCAGCGUUUCUUAAACUGCGGGUCAGGGAUGCAAAAUGGGCCGCAGUACUGUUUCCUCUGAGGAGUAUUGGAAUGAGCCCAUAAUGGGUCCUGAGGUCAGAGGCUGCAUCUGCUCUUUUUGUGUCCAUGAAGAAGAGUUUAAGAAGCCCUGAUAGAAGCUGUAUAUUGAAGCGUAAGAAGUAGAUUUUUCAGUAUUUAGGUGCAGUAGUGUUGUCUUGUUUUCACUUAAUGAAGCUCUCUGUGAUGUUGCCGUGGUUUCUUUGUGUAACAGCCCCAUCGCUCUGUUUGUGGUCAGUUGAACAUCGGUGCGUUUACAUCCACAGAGUAUUUUGGAUAAUGGCUCCUAUCCCUUUUAAAGUCUUAGUCUGGGGAUAAGCUUAUUAUCUUCGUCCUCAUAUCCUGCUCACCAUUAUCCCUGAACACACACAUGGACUCAGUGAUGCAAACAGGCUUAGUGAGUGACAUGCAGGACUGUGAGACAAAAAAAAAAAAAAGAGAACAUUUUUGUGCCUAAUCAUUUGAAUAUCCUCAUCCUCAAGCAUUUUAACAGCAUUUUGAGAUUGCAAACCAGGGCUUUGUUGAACGCGUUCUCAUGGACGAUCAAUGUUUUUAAAACCAUGACUCAGUGUGUUUUAUUCAAGCGAGCGCUUCAUGAAAAUUCUUUGUGAGGCAUCACCGGAUACCAGAUGUGUUUCUGUUGUGAACAAACUGAUUCAGAUAAAAAAAAAAAUAAUAAUAUUGUAAAUAAAAUGUCAGAGGUUUCACACUGUUGGAACAAGAGUAGCGCAGGUCCACUGUUACGGAUGUUAUUGUAAAUAGACUAUCAGGAGUGCUCUAUAAGGCUCUAUUGUUGGAUGAACAGUAGACGUGUAGAUGAUGGAUGCGAUGUCAGAACAUUAGUUCUGUUGUAGAUACAAAAAUAAAAGUCAGAGAUUGUACUACAGGAGGAUUCAACUUCACAUUUUGACAGAUAUUGUUUAAAAAGUUUAUUCUGUUGGUGGAUAAGCAGUUUUCAGUUUUUCCUUCAGAUUUUUCGUCUGAUGCAAAGAAGGGAGGAAAAAAUUCAGAUAUGAUAAAAUGAUUACGGCCUUCUCUGAAGCAUGCACAGAGAGUAGAGCAAUGAUAGAAAUUCAAAUUAAAAAAAUCUCAGCCCUCUUAACUACACGCUUAGGAGGAACGUAAGGAGUGAAUCCUGUCAAGAUGCCCAUUAUUCCUCCUUAAUAAAUCUGAAUUCAUGUCCCUGAGGAGAAGUGAAUGAAGCAAGUGUCCUGAUGAGAGGCCGGUUUGAGUAUAGAAUUGAUAUUCAUGGUUCAUAAUUAUUCUUGUCUGUAAUGUUUGGCUUCUUUGCUGUAAUAAAGACCACUUCUUUGAUUAAA